CGGAAGCUUCCCAGAAGCACGCUCCUCGCUGGGUUUCUCCCGACGCCACCCCAGUGCUUCCCUGCCGGGAGUCUUAUUUGAGGAGUACCCAUAAGAAGAGCUCCAUCGCCUCAAGGAUUAAAGCCCCGCUGUCCUGACAUACUGCCAGUCAAAAUGUCUACACAACUGAGAGAGACUUCAGCUGGCCCUCCACAAAGUCCAGAGGAGCCCGGCAGGCUUCUGGUAGUGAAGGUGGAGGAGGAAGGUCAGGCCUGUGAUCCAGACUCCCGUCUCCACUGGAGCAGCUGCUACAGCCUGGAGACCUGCCGCCAGCGUUUCAGGCAGUUUGGUUACUCAGACUCUGCUGGGCCCCGGGAAGCGCUGAGACAACUCCAGGAGCUUUGCCAUCAGUGGCUGAGGCCAGAGGUGCACACCAAGGAGCAGAUCCUGGAGCUGCUGGUGUUGGAGCAGUUCCUGGCCAUCCUGCCCGAGGAGCUGCAGGCCUGGGUGCAGAGACAGCCGCCAGAAAAUGGAGAGCAAGCUGUGACUCUGCUGGAGGAGCUCGAGAGAGGAGUUGACCAGCCAGAUGCACAGGUCUUUGUUGGAAGAAGAAAGGAUGUGAUGGCAGAAAAGCAUGCACCGUGGGAAAUCACUCAGGAAUUACCGAGUAGCCGGCUCAAGCCCUUGAAAAAGCAGCUUCAGUGGGCGCCGUGGGAGCUGCAGUCCAUAAGACAACAUGAUGAAGACACUACAAUGAUAAAUAUGAAUUCUGCUUCAAGACAAAAAACCUCCUUGGAUGCAGAACUGCAUCAUGAUGUUUCUAAUCCCUUUCUUAUGAAAGCCUCCCAGCAUCUCACAUCUCAAGGAGCCUGGGAACAACAUGGCAGUUUCUCAAGAGGACAGGCAAACCCUUCUCAAAAAAAGCAACAUAAGUGUGAUCAGUGUGGCAAAAUCUUUAGUCAGAGCUCUGCCCUUAUUUUACAUCUGCGAAUUCAUAGUGGAGAGAAGCCUUAUACCUGUGACGAGUGUGCAAAGGCUUUCAGCCGAAGUGCAAUUCUGAUUCAGCAUCAGAGAACCCACACUGGAGAGAAACCCUUUAAGUGUCAUGACUGUGGGAAAGCCUUUAGUCAAAGUUCAAAUCUUUUUAGACAUAGGAAAAGACACAUUAGAGAAAAAGUCUCAUCAGUGUCAUGAGGGGACCAAAGCACUGACUUUGAGUUUUGCAGAAUAAGAGAAGACAGAAGGCACAAACGCUCCUUUAGUAUGAGUCAGUGGUUUUAGUGGACACCCGUUUCCUUUCAAGGAUCAUCAAAGCCACAGGAGAGAAGGAAGGGUAUCUCGUGUCAGCAGUAUUUGCUUUUCUGCUUAUUGUCGAUUCCAAUGUUCGAGAUUCCAAAGUUUAAUUCAUACUUUCACCCCUGAGCAGCCUUGCAGAAACAUUCUCAGUUGUUUCUUCUGUUUCCAUUAUUAACUAAAAUAAUGAGCUAGGGCUGGGGAGAUGGCUCAGUGGAAUAAACGC